CCUCCACUCACUGAACUUAUCGACACCUUCGUCUCUGCUGCAGGAGCGAAUCAUGGCAGUGUGCUAUGUGUUGUGCCUAUUCCAGUUGGCACCUGGGAGAACCGGUCUACACUGUUGACUCCACAUUUCCUACAGGAUAUCAAUAAUCAAGCUGGAUAUAGAGGGAACCUAUGUCUUUCAGUAUUUUCUCAACAGCCGAUGAAAAGUUUACCCUGCGGGGCCACGAUCGGCUUCCGAACCUGCGGCAAACCGGUUUCACCGAUCAGAGGUGGCACAGGUUAUGUGAAGAAGGACGGACUGAGUCAUGAUCAAGUUAUGGACGGCACGCAUCAUUUACAAAUGAACUUCAUGACAAUACACGCUCCAAAA